AUGGACGGCGAGAUCCCACUCCCCCCACCGCGGCACAUUCGGCAUCGAUCCCCCGCGCUGCCCGCUCAGUCGACAAACGCGGUCUCAUCACUGCAUCGCACAAGGCGUCUGUCGCGUUUUGAUGACCGUUCAAGCCAGCCAUCCAGUGACCCUGCCCUUUUCUCCAGCGAUGAUGUUCCAGCCUCUGGACUAGAGAAUUACCAUGCGCCCACACCGGGUUCGGAUCGCAAGCGGCGGUAUCGGGGGACGUGGUGGGGAGAGCAGGUGAUGGAUCCCAAGCGCAAAAGGCGAGACUUUAAAGCGAAGAGGAACGUCGACAGUGGUGUAUGGAUGGGGAGUGAUGAGUCGGGGGCCGACUCGCUUAUGUCGUCAGAAAGCUCGGCGUGGGGAGAGGACCUGCGCAAGUCAGCGCUGACCCCAAAGAACACAACACGCUUCAACAACCCGGAAGCGGACGUUGAGACCACACCAACUCAAAUUCGCGCAUCAUUCAAAAGCAUGGAAGAGCCAGCGGCGCAUCGAUUGGCACGUCAAGCCAUCACGGAUGCACUCGAGCAAGGCAAAGAAGCUUUCGAUCUAGGACAUCUUGAACUUGGGACCUUGCCAGAAGGUCUAUUGGAGCCCCUACAGCACUUUACUAGGCUACCUCCCGUUGGCGCGGGCCCUGUCAGCGAAGAUGCGUUUGAUUCUCUACAUGGAGAUAUCAGCAUUUACCUUUCAAACAACUGUCUUCAAUCUGUCCCCAGAGACCUGCUUGGCCUUAGCAAUAUCAAGCACCUGAGCCUGCGAAACAACAAUCUGACCAAGAUCCCAUCUUCGAUUCGUCAACUCACAUCGCUGGAAGAUCUGAACAUUGGCUGCAACCAACUGACUUAUCUUCCCUGGGAGCUCAUAUGGCUGAUGAAAAAUGGGAACUUAAAGAAGCUCAAUGUGCGUCAAAACCCGCUCCCCCUUGUCCGAGACGCGGACGUGAGAGCUUGGUGGAAGGGUGCGAUCGAUCCUAGUACGCUUUUUGACGCUACACCACCAAGGGGUUUUGUGCCGAACUCGAAAUAUGAAGAGCCGCUUCAUAUUUGCACCAGUCCCAUAACCUAUUACAACGAGGAAGGAAAUGCCAUUGAUCCCCCAACCCUAAGAAACAUGGGCACAGCGACCGAGUCUUCCAACAGUGUCCCUUCCUUGCGAGAGCUUGCUCUUCGCGAAGUUUGCAAGCUCACGGACUUGGAGAAACUGACCGACGAGGAGAUCUCCCAGUACCCACCAUUGGUUGCGCCUCUUAUUCGGAAAGCGAUAGCGGUGCGUCUGGAGGGCGGCCGGGUUUGCUCUGUGUGCGAGCGUCCCUAUGUGAUUCCCCGCGCUGAAUGGACAGAAUGGUGGGACGUUACCUCGGUUGAACUGCAAACCCAACCAGCUUUGAACUUGUACCGACCAAUACCCUUCCGACGUCAUUGCUGUAGCCUGUCGUGUGCGCCUAAAGACUCUGGACCAUGGUUCUAG